UCCAAUUCAAAUCAAUAAAUCUGUCUUUCUACUUAGGAGGGAAAUAUUUCCGAAAGGUAUAUUUUACUGUUUAUAAUAUAUUUUUCGUAACAUCUCCGCAAUUUCCUGCCUCGCCAAGGUCAAUAUUGCUACUUCACAAUAGGUUUACCAUUCUUGCCUGAAUUAUUCACGCUAUUGUGAAAAUCUUCAUGUCUGAUUUACGUCUCUCAGCGUAUAGACUCCUUUGACAAUGUUUUACAACCGCAAAAUUUCCUACGUUAUAGUAUACCACCACAAAUAAACGUGAAUCUUUUGAAAAAUUCGUCUGAAUUUAUGAAUCCGAUAAAAAUUCCAGGUCCUUAAUCAUACGCAGGACAGCUACUAUUACAAAAACAAAAAUUAUUUUCUCAAAGUAAAAGUGUGAUGCACUACGACAUAAAUUUUAGUCGCUGAAUGUGGGGGAUAUAAAUAUUCGAAAUGAUUUAUUUUAUUAUUUUAAAAAUGCCUUAUUUUACUAUUUAUAAAGAAAUGCUUGUUUUGUUUAACGGUUUUAGUUUUGCCAUCUGAAUCAUGCUUUGAGAAAAAAGUUAAAACUGAUAUUAUCGUUGAGUCAUACUUUCCUCCCAGUUACAUUCAAAGAGGAAAUUCAUUGUUUAAACUAAGAAGAAUAUAAAAUGUUAUUUAGAUUCUUUGGAACAUGACUCCAACUGUUUUAAAACAAUUUCUAAAGCAGAUUUAAAAAUAAUUGCUCUUCUUUAAAAUGUAUACUCUAACUAAUAUUAUUGUACCAUGGACCCCUUGAAUUCGAAAAAAAUCGCGUAAUUAGAAUGUGCAGAUAAUCUAGAAUAAAUAUUUUUUUAAAAAUGACUUCAUAUAACUGCAAAUUGGCUAGGUUAUAUACAGUUCUAUUAUUAAUUGAUUAUCGACCCUAAAUCAGCUAUUUUCAAUACAGCCUAAGUAUUAAAUGAAACCAAGAGAGGAAUCAUGCGGAAUACAUGAAGGUGUACCAUGCUUCUGAAACUCAUGGCACUAGUAACUGCUUUAGUGCACAUGGUUUCAGCUCAGACUCGAGAGGGAAGUGUCCUCAAGCAAGGAGAGAAUGAAGACUCACAAAGUGUCAUCGUUACAGCUAGAUCAAGAGCUUUUCUUUCAUGCGAAAGUGGUGACAUGGUUGUGAAAGUCAAUUUCACGCAACCUUUUAGGGGACUCAUGUAUGCUCACAGAUCUCGAAAUUCACCAUGCAGGAUUCAUGGUACUGGAGGAAAUUAUUAUGAAUUGAGAAUUCCUCUGAAGGGUUGUGGCACGUGGCAGGAAUCUCCUAGAAUGUUUGUAAAUAAUAUCACCAUUCGAUUCCACCCUGCUUUAGAAUUAGAGGAGGAUGAGACGAAGACAGUUGUGUGUAGAUACCCGCCACCGCUCACUCCAUCCCCCGGUGGUAUACAAGUCAUCGACCCACCCACAAGCAUUCUCCCAACAACUACUCCGACUCGAGUAGGCACGGCUAGACUUUCCGAGGUCGAAAUCCUCAUCAUCAUAUGCCUCCUCCUUUUUCUCUCCCUCCUGAUCUUGGGCAUCGGCAUCGCAUACUUCUGCCUGAAACGGAGGAACAUCCGCAUCAUCCGCAAAAGCACCACCGCAGUAUCAUCCGCACCACCCUCACAAAUCACCAGGCUGAGCAGUUCUAACCUUUACCCACCCUCAUCCCUCUUAUCAUCCGUUCUUGGACACACGGUUCGAAUCCCUAGAGCAGUGCCCUACUCGGCUCCCGUUGGUAGAACUUCAGCUUUGUCCUCUCCUGAGCAUCAGUAUGAAGAUUAUCCCGCCAGUACAUCGACAGCUGAGACCUCCAGUGGAGAAAUCUCUGAGACAUCAGUAUCUUCGUCCUCUAGCGAAGAUCAGACCGAUGCUUCAAAAUACCUCUUGACUCGAAAGGGUUUUCCAAGAUCAAUUUUGUCCAUCCCUAAAGCUAUUCUGAGAAGGAAUGGAACAAAGCGGUGGAAAACCGAGGCGACUAUUCACCAGUACCAGUCAAAGUCUGAUGCUUCCACACAAAGUACCUCAGUCAAAAAGCCAGAGAUGGAAGAUCAGACCAUCACAACGAUGCUGGAACCAGAAAAUCACUUCGACGAUGAUUCCUUCUUCAUUGUCAAACGCCGAUUAUCUGACAUCCCUGAAAUCAAAACAUCUUUAGAGAGAACUGAAAGUGAAACGACGGGGUCACCACAAAAAGUUCCAGUGCCCGUAUAUGCGCAAGUUCACAAGCCAAAAAAAUCCCCUGUUGUGAAACGUACGGAGUCCGUUAAAAAGAGUGGUGAAUUUAAAGGCACACCGCCCAAACUGUCUGGCCCAGAAAGGAGGAUGAGACAAGUACAAACUGUGACACCAGAAGUAAUAAAGACCACCGAAGAAGUCACAAAAAAUACCACCAUGAUCACUUCUGUCAGAAGGGAGAUAGCAGAAACUAGGAUACUUGCUCCUUUGCAUGAAAAUCUGCGUAAAGAAAGAACAGACCCAAUGGAUCAACAGGAAAUUAGGCCUGAUUCAUUGGAAGUUUCAUCCAUGGAAUAUCAAUUAAAUGGUAACAAGUCAGAGACAUCUACCUUGAUAUCCAACGUACCGAAAUUAGAUGUUGCGAAAGAAUCUAAAAGUUUACUCAUCCGAGAUGUGGCAGACAUAUAUCUGACAACAACUGUGGAGACUGAAUUAACCGAACAAACUACCACAGUUUCAAGAGAUAUUUUCGGUCACCACGUAAAAAAUGAUGAAAAGCAACCAGAUCAACCUCCUUUAGACAAAAAUAAAGAACAAAAACCACCAAAACUUACCAGUGUAACUAACCAGUGGAAUGUUGUAAUUCGCCAGAAGGAGCCUCCUGUGCAAAACGUGAAUUUAUUCGACUCUAAUCUAGAUGCAAGUAGUGAGAGUAAUGCUGAAAGCUCUGAUGAGCCAACGUCAGAAGUAAAGCCGAAAUUCGAUGUUAAAAUCAGGACCAUUCUUCCAGAGAAAUUAAAGCCAAAGACAUUUGAUGGAAUGAUAAACAUUCCACCAUUGGAGAUGCCAGCAACAGUAAACAUGCUGAAAGAAGCUCUCAUGCCAAAGAAACCAGAGACAGAUAAAAAUGUACUCCCUAAGGAGCCAUCAACGACAGAAGAGAAAAAAGAAUGGUAUGAUGAAGAUAAGUCGAAUAUUCCUCAAAGAACUGUCAGAUGGAUGGAUGACGUAAAAGCUACCAAAAAUUCAACUGUUAGUAGUUCAGAUAGUUUCCAAUCAGCCGAAUCUCUUCGAGAACGAUCAUCAUCAGAAGUUUUGGAAGUAGCUCCAACACUGCCGAGUCAACAAAAACCAUCCAGUCAUCCUGUAUUAGAAAGAUCUAGUUCAGAAAUCACAACAUCACCAGAUGAUCAAGUGAGAUGGGUAGGAGGUGUAGUACCCGUGUUAGAAUCUUUAUCGCCAGAAUUUCUUGCCAACAUUCCAGUUGUCAUACAGGGAGGUUUCUUUAACAGACAGAAAACUAAUGAUAAAGAUUAAGUGUGAAUUAUUUCAUCCUCUAUCAACACUGCCAGACUGUUUACGUUGUUUUCCCUUUAUGGAGUCUCAGUGCAAUUAAAGUGUCUUGAAACAAUGUUUAUUAAAUAAAUAAUCCCAAGAAACUGAAGCGGUAAGAUAUCACUUGAUUAAAAACUUUAUUCGCUUCAAAAAUAUAUAAAUUGGAAAUCAUAGUCAAAAUCUUUCAAGCGCUCAUUUUUAAGACUUGCCAGACGUGAACUGUUUAUUGAUAUACAACAUACAUUUGCAGGCUUGCGUGCCCAAUUAAGGCUUAUAAACCUUUGUCAAGUAGAAGAACAGAUAGCACAAUAUAGAGGACAUCACAAAGAAUACAUUCAGAGUUACGGUGGGAUUCGAACCCGCCACCUCCACGCUUAACAGAGCGUUUGGCGGGCGAUACCGAUCGGCCAGGGAGGUCCCUCCUGACGUGAAUGAGAAGAAAGAGUGAUUUUAUAUAAUAACGUUAAAUUGCCAACGAAAAAUGGAAAAAAUAAAGGUGAGAAACAAAACUAGGAAAAAAAAACACAGUAGCCUAGAGAGAAGCUAGCAGGCACUUUAUUUACGUCGCACUAAAGCUAUAACUAUUGGCGACGGUUUGGGAAAUAUCCCUGGGGAUGCCCAAAAGACACAUCAUCACAAUUUUGAUCCUCUGCACAGGGGAUCUCAUUCGUGAGAUCACUUCCUCAGUUUAGACAUCAGCAUGAAGGGACAGGCAAUUUUCUCCAGAUUCCUGAACCCAUGGUACUGCUUAGCGACCGACCACAGGUCUUUCGAUUCCACAGAUUUUACGAGUAAGUAUACCGCAUGCACUCGGUGGAUCUUAGUGGAGUUGAGGAUCGAACCCUUCCGGCCAUCACAAUCCUCUGAAAAGGUGAUCUCAUUUGUGAGAGACAGUUUAGACAUUGAUAUGAAGGGUCAGAAUCCGAUUUUCUUACCACUGAGCUACCAUGGUUGUCGCCGUGAGAGG